UUUGCGCCUUUUGCGCACGGAUUUCAAAUAGAUGCAGCAACUGGCGGAUUCUCAGUUGUAGAGUGUUUAACUUGGGUGCAGCGGGUGUCAGUCGAAAGUUAGCUCAGCGGCUAAAAGGAGGGAAGCAAUAGUCCGUUUUGGAUAACGCUAUUACCAACCGUCAGAAAUAUACAUACUGCAUAGUGUAUAUGUUCCACUGUAAGAAAGCUAUCAUGAAAUGCCCUCGCUACGAGGCUACCAUGGUCAACAAAAUGGAGAAAAGCUCUGCUGCCGUAGAAUCCAAGGUGCUUAACCUCAAAGCUUCCCCAGUGAAAGAGCCCAUCCCCAUCAAACCUCAGUGUCCACCUGCAGGAGUGACAACAGUGUUGUUAUCGCUAAACAACACCACUAGAGCAGUCCACAACAAGGAAAACAGCACCAGCAGGGAGCAAGACCGGAUUCUGGAUGAAGGGUUUGAGGACAGCGGCUAUCUGUCUCUGCACAAUAGUCACAUUGAUGAUCAUCAUGGGGAUACAGAGGAUGAACACAGCCAGGGAAAACCUACAGUAACCCAGCCUUUUGCUACUGCUACACUCCAAGAAAAGACAAUAUCACCAAAUAAUUCUCCCUCCAAAUGUAAAGGGAGGACAGACUCUAACCCUCUAGCGUCUCUGGUGACAGCUUCCACUCCUGUGGAUUGUCAUAAGAGGACAGCAGCAUACUCCCUGUCAUCCACCCCAUCAGACCAUCACAACGACCCCAACCUGCCUAUACUGAACUUCCAGCGGGCCGUGUGUGUCGAGCUUGCCAAGAGCUAUAAGAAGAAUAAAAGGUAUGACUGGAGCAUCAUCUCAAAGGUAGCCGAGGAUCAUCUUUUGGACCGGGUGAUCGGAGGCCAGAUGGGCCGGGAGUACGUUGACAUAUUUUCAUGUCUUUUGUCCAGAAACAUGAGAAGCAUCCUGACCAACAUCCUGGCCCUUCUGGGAGACAUGGACCUCAUUAGCUGUAGGAAAGUGAGUAAGACAUGGAGGAGGAUCAUCUGCGAGGAUACAGCAGCUCUGAGCAGGUGUCAAAGAGCCGAGCAGGCACUCAGGGACUCAAAGAGCUCUUUGAGACAAAGGAGUUGUAGUAUGACAAGGGAUGUAGCUGUGUCCAGGGUGGUGCUGUCCUGCAUGCAGACCCUGGCCUCAUCAGGUACUCCAUCUUCUUCAUCCUCAUCCACCCCGAGCUCCAGGGUUAACAGAACAAAUACCAACUCUCAGAAGCACCAAAAUGCCAGCAACCAAUGUACACGGUUCAAUGAAUACAUGCAGGCCGCCAGCAGGCUGAAGCAGCACGAGUCUCUGCGUCCCUGCAAGCGCUGCGGCUCACCAGCAACACAUUCGCCAGAGGUUCAGAGAGCCACGUGCACGCGCCCCAGCUGUCGCUUCGACUUCUGCACCCACUGCCAGGAGGCCUUCCACGACUCAACUCCCUGCAGAGUGGUGCAGCCCCGACCCUACUUCACCACCCCUAAAACCACCCCGAUCCUUCCAGGCAGCGCUCGCAGCAAGAGGAACGUGAGGCGCCUGUGAUGAAGCUUUACUGAGUUUUUAUUCACGGUAUGUUUUAACUGGGCUGGUCAUGUUUCUCUUGACUGAUGGCUGCAAGCUCGGACAGCGAGGAACGUUUUAACACGAGCUCAGCCUGGAAUGGCUUGGCCUGGAAUGGCUUGGCCUGGAAUGGCUUCUGUAUGUGCACUGUGGCAAUCCAAGUUACUGAAGCACUUGUGGUAACACUGCUGGGACAAUCAACCAGAAAGUGUCAUCUUGCUAAAACUGUUGUCGUCUGUAAGCGACCAACACAUCUGAUGCC